AUGGCACGCAGCUGGCCUGGCACAGAAGUGCGCUUAGAGGAAAUCACCUUCUGUUCUCAGGUAGGCACCACCCAGGACAAGCCCAGCCUGCACAGAGCACAAAGAACAAUCAGCAGAAGACGGGGCCGUGCAGCCUCAGACCCUCCAGGACAGGACAUGGCUGAAGAGGCCACCUGCUCCAUCUGCCUGGACCUCCUGAAGGAGCCGGUGACCAUAAACUGUGGACACAACUUCUGCCAAGUCUGCAUCACCCGAUACUGCGAGGACCGUGUCGAUGACUCAGAUGACCCUGUCCCCUGUCCCAGCUGCAGAGCAGAAUUUCAGAGAGGGAGCUUCCCGCUCAACACUCAGCUCAAAAACCUGGUGGAGAAGAUUAAAGAGCAGAGUGUGAAACCAGGAAAGGAGCAGACGGAGAAUCACUGUGUGGAGCACGAGGAGAAACUCAAGCUCUUCUGUGAGGAGGAUGGAAAUGCCAUCUGUCUGAUCUGCAGGGAGUCCCUGGCUCACCACAGUCACACAGUGCUCCCCAUCCAGGAGGCUGCCAACAAUUACCAGUAUCUGGUGAAAGUAUAUCUAAUGACAAAGGCUGCACACAACAAUUUCAUGCCCUCACUCUUCAAUGCAAAGUUGAAAGUGGAGAUCGCAGCUCACACUUGUUUUUGCUGCUCAUUCUGGAAGAACAAGGUAAAGCAACAGAGAGAGAGAAUCAAGUCUGAGUGCGAGAAGCUGCAUCGCUUUGUGAGCGAGGAGGAGCAGCAGCUUCUGCGGAGACUGGAGGAGGAGGAGAGGGAGACUCUGCAGAGCCUGGAGGCGAACGUAGCCCAACUCUUCCAGCAAAGCUCCUCUCUGCGCAAGCUGAUCUCGGAGAUAGAGAAGAAGAGCCAGCAGACACCUGCUGAGCUGCUGAAGGAUGUGAAAAGGACCUUGGACAGAAGCAAGGAUGUGAAGCUUCAGGAAGCAAAAGCUGUUUCUACAGAACUGAAGACCCAGUGCAGCAUCCCAGGGAUGGUGGAAAUGCUAAGGAAAUUCACAGUGGAUGUGACUCUGGACCCAGGGACGGCUCAAUCCGAACUCAUCCUGUCUGAGGAUCGGAAAUGUGUGAGACACGGAGACACCCGACAGGAUCUGCCCAACACCCCGGAGAGAUUUGAUACUUGUGUCUCUGUCCUGGGCUCGGAGGGGAUCACGGGCGGGAGGCGCUACUGGGAGGUGGAGGUGGGAGACAAGACGGGCUGGACUCUGGGGGUGUGCACGGAGUCUGUGUGCAGAAAGGGGUGGGUCACAUGGUCACCUGGCAAUGGAUACUGGGUCGUGUGUCUGCGGGAUGAGGGAUACGAGGCCUGGACCUCACCUGUAACUCGCCUCCCCGUGCGCGUGCAACCAAGGAGGGUGGGGGUUUUCCUGGACUACAAGGCAGGUGAGGUCUCAUUUUACAACAUGACUGACAGGUCCCAUCUCUUCUCUUUCACUGACACCUUCUCUGGGAAACUACGCCCUUUCUUCAGUCCUGGUUUCAAUCCUGGGGGCACCAACGCUGCUCCUCUGACCCUGUGCCCGGUCCCAGCCCAGUCCUGAGGGAAUCCCUGUCCCUGCCAUGCCCUGCAGCACAGACUGUCCUUUCCUCGCACCCCGACUGCCAGCCCCCCGGUGCCCCUGGGGUGGGUGCAGGGCUGGGGUCUCCAUCACUGGAGUUGCUCGAGCCUGCACUCUGCUGCUGCCCUGGCCCAGGGGUCAUCUCCCAAUCCUCCCACGCACAGCACCCACUGGGAGGGACCGGCUCCAAACUCUCAUCCUUCACCUACAGGUCCCUGCAGUCCCCCAGGGGUUUUACUUGGUUACAUGGUUCGCCUCUCUCAGCACUGCCCCCUUUCCCCUCCCCUCCCUCCAUUCCCUUUUAUAUAUUUAAAAUAAAUACCUCUGUGUUGCA